AAGUAAACAUUCAGAAUCUCAGCUGUUUAUAUGUGGUCUGAGCUGCACGUGAGUUCCAGCGUCGUCCGCGCGAGCUUCAGUUGCGACAUUUCCUAAAAUAUCACAAUAUUCCAUUCUCACUUUUUUCUCUCUGUUUUUUUUUUUAAUCGGAAAAAGAAAGCACACCGUGCGUUUUUUUUUUUUGGUUCUAUUCGAGCAAGUUCUCUGAUUUCAGGAGUGUGAUUGGAGGACGACUUUAAAGUGAAGCUGUAGUCAUAUAAUUUCUAUUCCAUUUCAGUUUCUGGAGAUUAGGUAUGGCCAGUCCUGAUCCGUGGGUUGGUUCCUGGAGGCCUCACAAGCCAAGAGGUCCUAUUGCUGCACUGUACCGCGGCCCCGGGCCCAAGUAUGCCCUCCCAGCGGUUACAGGUGAAAGUGGGCAUGACCCACGGAAAUGGAAAGCUCCUGCAUACAGUUUUGGAAUACAGCAUCAGCAAUUAAGUGACAGCUGCUCGCCCGGACCUGGCUACCUCAUACCCUCCAAUAUCACCAGAAUCGGACGCGAUGGCAACCCUGCGUAUUCACUAAACAGUCGACCCAAAGACCCUCAGCUCUUCCAGACCCCAGGACCAGGGACUUAUCACCCUGAGACAUCAGCAACAGCAACCUUUUAUUCUGCUCCUGCAUACUCACUGCACCCUCGGACCAAAUUGUUUCGUAAUGACCAAACACCAGGGCCUGCUGCGUACAUGCUUCCCCCAGUGCUCGGGCCAAAAUCAGUGAGUAAAAGAUCUGCCCCGAACAUCUCCCUCAGAGGCCGCAGCAAUAUUGGCAGCUUCCAUGAAGAUUUAAAGAAGACACCAGGUCCUGGGACUUACACAGUUGUGGAUCCAAACGUGUACAGACCAAAAUCCCCGCAGUACAGCAUUGUCGGCCGCAACAGCUUUCCUGGUGAUACGACCAAGAAGCCAGGGCCUGGAGCUCACUAUCCAGAGCAGGUGAACUUCACAAGAACCAAAGCUCCCAGCUUCUCCUUUGGUAUCCGUCACUCGGAGUACACUGCCCCACUGAUCCUGGAUAUCGCUGAUUAACCAUCACCUCACUCUUUUCUCUUAAUAAAGACUGUGAAGCAGCAGAGACUCCCUAAAUAACUCUGCAACACUUCAAAUAAACCUUCCACAAAUUAAUUAGCAAGCCAGUUUACUACUGAUCUGAGCCAGAGAACAUGAAAAUACACAGCUUAUGUUUUUUGAGAGCGGUCUAGAGUGCAGUUUCUAAAUAAAACUAACAGUUUGAUCCAUUUGUUGUUCUUACAGUACAAUAUGAAGAGAUAUAUACGUAGGGCAAACAGCUCUGAUCAGUAACAUUGCCACAUAGUGUCCUUGUUCAAAAUCAAGUGGCUUGUAAGUAGUUAAAAUGACAAACCAUUUCGUGAAGUAGCAGUGGUGUUGCAUAAAUCAUUCAAUUUCUUACCAAUGUGCUAUAUUUAUUUAAAAUUAAAUGUAUGGAUGUAAAUUUCUGUCGGUUGAGUGGAGUACAGUUAAGUAAAGAUUUCCUGGCUGCAAAUGA